GCCCCUCUAAAGGCUUGAGGCUCUGUAUAGAGGUGAACUGUGGAGGCUUCAGAUGCCCCCCAGCAGCUUUCUGGUGUUUUCAGUGUGCUCCUGUCUCCUUUAGUUUUCUUGAGGCAUUUUGCUCAUGACAUUUACUGGUCAGCUCAGAGUGAAAAACACAAGCGGCACUGAUGCAACUUCUGGGAAACUAUCAAGUCACACACCAGUCCUGCCACAUAUGCUGCCUGCACUGGAUGUACUGGCAUCCUUUUUCCUACAGAGACCAGCCUCUCCCCCGUCCAGUGUGUAAUCUGCAUAGUAUCCACUCUAAUGGUUUCUGCAUGUUGCUGAGGUCAGGGCAAAGAGGAUGGCGUCAGCACUAUUAAUGCCAUUACAGCCCCAUCUGAUAACUCAGAUUUACAGGGUGGAGUGAUCUGAUAUUUAUUCCAAGUGUUUAAAAUAGCUGUAUCCAUGCCAGUUGCUACUGCUCCAACAGGAGACCCGAUCAAAACAACUGAUUAUGUCAAGUGAAAUUGCAUCGAUUUAAUCUAAACUCAGUUAUUCAGUGUUCACACUGGGUGUAUUUCCCCUCAUUUUUUGCAGUUGUUAUAAUGAGGAGAUGCUAUUUUGAGCCUGUUGCACAGUUCCCACACAGGAGGACCCUCUGCAUUUUUUUUUAAAUAAAUGUGACCUGACACAGAUUAGUGAGUGGGAAGAUGCCAAUCUUGGAAAAGAAAUAGUUUUUGAUUGACUUGGCUUAUAAAAAAGAUUAAUUAGCAGCAAGUAGGAACAAGUAUUUAUUUGCUUGUUUGUUUUUAACGUGGAUCCUCUUUCAACAACUCUCUGGUGACUUGUAAAGGCACACGGACCUCAGUUUAGGAACCUCUGCUGUGGUAUGGGCCACAUAUUUUGUUCUUUGCUGUAAUUUAUUAUGAAUGGCCUAAACUCGCCUGCCCUCCACGUGGGUGUGGAUCUCAGCCUCCUAUUGGCUCACGAUCAGCGGCGUCCUGAAGGAGCUCUCCUGUGAUUGGUGGAGCCGCCUCGGGGCUGUGGGCGUAUUUUAUCGAUGGUGGAAGUGGGAUACUUUGUGACAAUGUUCAUUGUCGAUAUUUCACUGGAGCUGCUGUGGGCACGAGUGCGCAGCGGAGAGCCUCUCUCUUUUAGCCGCAUGAGGCUUCUGCAGCUCCGGACCGUGUUGUUCUUCUCUAAAGCUUCGAAAACACCCGAGAGGAAUUUAUAAUCUUUUUUUGUUUUUAUUUUUUUAGACCUCGCAGUUUGUUUGUUUUGUUUUUUUUAAAGGUAACAGCUUGCGUAAAAACAAUGAGCGUCCGUUGCGUUUUUUUGCUGACAACAUACUUGCGUUCCUGUCUUUGCCCAUCUAUGUAGCAUUUCGGAAGACUUGCUUUGCACACUGGAAAACGCAACAAAGAGAGAAAAGAUCAAACAAAGAGGGCAAAAGAAAAAGCUUGUGUAGUUGAUUUUCCUCGGGGGGAGAAUAUUCUCAUGAUAUCGACCGGAGAGGAGACGGACUGGGUUUUAUUCUGACUCUCGGAGGGAGAGAGAGAGAAAGGGACGCAGAGAGAGAAAGAGAGAAAAGCUCUCUGAAUGCUGCCUUUGAUUAUUUGCAAGCAGAACAAGGGACGGUAGUCGAGGCGACGGAUCCGCUUCGCCACCAUCCUCCUCCUCCUCACCCUCUUCAUCCCCGGCUUUGCUCGUCUUGUCUCCCCACCUCCCACCCCUUCUCUGACCACAGGUUAUCGGAUGGACCAGCAUCCCAGUGCCCGGAGCUGCACCAGUCGCGGGGCUUCGUCCUGCGAGGCCGUCCCGGCUGAACCCUCCAUGAAUCUGUACAUCCACUCCACCACCGGCACACGCUUCGAGCUCUCCCUGCCCCUGGAGGAGACCGUGGAGGGACUGAAGAGGAGGCUGUCGCAAAGACUCAAAGUACCAAAAGAGAGACUCGCUCUGCUGCACAAAGAAACGCGACUAAGUUCAGGCAAACUCCAGGAUCUAGGCAUCUCUGAUGGGAGCAAGUUAACACUUGUACCGACAGUUGAAGCAGGAUUAAUGUCUCAAGCAUCAAGACCAGAGCAGUCAGUAAUGCAAGCCUUGGAGAGUCUAACAGAAACUCAGGUCAGUGACUUCUUGUCCGGCCGCUCCCCCCUCACCCUGGCACUGCGUGUAGGCGACCACAUGAUGUUCGUCCAGCUCCAGCUGGCGGCGCAGCAGUCCGGCGGUCCACAGCUCCAGCACCGGCACCUCAUCACCCGGGGCAACACAGAGCCCGCGAUGGGACAGCCCACGGGGCAGCCCCGUGUCCCCCACCCUCACCCCCAUUCCCAACACCACCCCCACCACCCCCACAGUCACCCCAGCCCCCACUUGUCCCAGCCUCACCCGGUCCCUUCCUCCCCCUCCUCCCCGGGCUCCCCUUCCUUCGCCCUGCCCUCCACGCACCACCAGCUGCUCCCCCCCAUGUACCACCAGUCGCCCUCCUCCGCCACUCACUGUAGCCCCCCUACUCCUCCUCCUCCGCCCCUCUCCCCUCGUCCGUCCCACGUGCCCGGGGGUCUUUUCCGCUCUCCGGCCCACCACCACCAUCACCACCACCACCACUACCACCAGCCUUCCUCAGGCCAGCCCAGCCACGACAUCGGCCAGGUCAGCCCUGUAGCCCCGGUCCUCUGCCCUGAGGCUAACUGCAGCACCAACAGCCCAACCAGUGGCAGCAGUCCCUCGCCACGCUCCCGCAAACCUGGCGCCAUCAUUGAGAGCUUUGUCAACCAUGCUCCCGGAGUCUUCUCAGGGACCUUUUCAGGCACUUUGCAUCCAAACUGCCAGGACAGCAACGGGCGUCCCAGACGAGAUAUCGGUACCAUCCUGCAGAUCCUCAACGACCUCCUGAGCGCCACUCGCCACUACCAGGGCAUGCCCCCCUCUCUCACCCAGCUCCGCUACCAGACCCAGUGCGGUUCGCCCACCUCCCCGUCCCCCUCGCCGCCCCCUUCGCCUCCGGUUACUGGCAUGACGGGCCUCUCUGCCAAAGCUACCUCUGUGCCCGCCAGCAGCCCCAGCAGCCCUCCGCCGACUCUUCAUCCGCUGGUGCAGUGCCAGAGCCAGAUCCGCAUGUGCAAACCCCCUGGUGACCGCUUGCGUCAGACCGAGAACCGUGCAACCCGCUGUAAGGUGGAACGUCUGCAGCUGUUGAUGCAGCAGAAGCGUCUGCGCAGGAAGGCCAGGCGGGACCAACGGGCUCCUUAUCAGUGGCUCCCCAACCGCAAGGCCGGACGCAGCAACAGCAACAGCAGCAUGUCCAGCGAGGGCUCCCUGGACCUGGACUUUGACGAUUCUGUGUGGAAGCCCGACGUCAAGGCCGAUUUGAAGUCUGAGUUCGUCAUGGCCUGAACUGAGAGAUUCAAAGAUGUGCAGAGCAUCGCCCGGGAUUUACUUUGAGAUGUAUUUUGGGGGAGUGGAUUGGCAGGAGGUGACUGCAAAGAGGAAAUCAAAGCUGUCUUUGUGACGUGAGGAAAAAAAAAGCCUCCCUGCAGACUUUAAUCCCGUUCUGUCCUUCACGGUUGACCUUGUGAGAAAACAGCAACAACAGCAAAAGAACUAUCUUGUGAUGCUUGGAUUUGGACAGGCAACAACCGGACUUAACAGUGUACAAGACUUUUUUUUAGGGUAUGAUUACAGAGACCGUACUUGAACUUCAGCAUAGCAGAAUUCAGUCGGUGGUGGUGGUGGUAUUUUCAGAUUUUUGUUUUUCUUUUUUUUUAAACAUGCACUCUGGGCAGAAAAUGAAGAGAUCCACACUGGACUUAUUAACAAGACAGGAGGCCUCAGUGUUUCCUAAUCACAAGAAAAGGCAGAACUGCCGGACUAUGGAUUAUUCCAAUGGGCAUUCUUAUUGAUCUCAAAACUCACCAACCAGAGUCCAGUUUUUACCUGUUACGGGGUGGUUAAACUUUUUUCUUUUUCCACUUUUAAGCAUAUUAUUAUAUUUUAUAAACAAAAAAAUAUGUAGCAUUGUUCACAAAGCAUUCAGGUUUUCAUAUUAACAGUUCAAAGUAGUUGUUGAUUUGCACAUUCGCUUGAUUUAUAACAGCUGGUCGAAAUGUGCAAAAAGGAGGAGGAGGUGGGGCCUGAAAUAGAAUAAAAAAAAAAAUGAAUAUGGAAGUAUUGAUAUCAACCUCAGUGACAUAGGGUAUCGAUAGGAAUGAUUAAUGAAUAAACAAAAUGAAUUAAUAUUAACAGAAAGUGCUUUAGAGGAUUUUAAAAUCUUUAAAAUGUAUAUGGAAAAAAAAUCUAUUUUUAUUUCUUUUCCUAUCUGCUGUUUUCAAAAAACAGCAGCCCUCUGUGGCUUUAGUCAAGUCGUUGACUACCAACAAAUAUGUACAUCCAUUCAAUCAUUCAUUAGCUGAUCCAUGAAUUAUUUCGUCUAGCCACAACAAAAUGAAAGAUCAUUUUCAUCCAGCCCGCCUCAUGUCUUACAGACCUGAAUGGACUUGUCAAGGGAUUUUUGUGUACAUAAAUGUCACAAUUGGCAAACAUUUAUGAGGGUGUCUGUAUGUUUGACUUUGUUGUAAAUUGAUUUAGAAUAUCCCAUGUUUUUCUGUCACAGUUAUCUUCUCCCAAAUAAAACCCCAUAGUUUCUCAAAAAUCAUCAGCCGCAGUAAGUGCAUGGGUCACUGCUUUUUAGCAUAACAGGAUAAAAAAUUUCAAGUCCCGGUUUUUUAGGCCCAUUUGACGCAUAACUUUAUCACAAGUCCUCAUAAUGAUGACUCUAUUUUUUUACUGGCAAAGAGGGAAAAGAAGAAGAAGAGGGGAUCUUUAUCCAGCAUCAUUAUCUAGUGCCUCCACCAGUACAUCCAUUGACAUAUCAGGUUAGGCCUUUCACAGUUUUGCUGCUACAUGGGGGGACUUAUAAAUUAAAAGAGGAUUUAAAAAAGAAAAGCGGGAAAAGGGGUGGGGGAAAGUGACUUUUCUUUGCAUGCAGAAGUGUGAAAUUACACUGAUCUUUUUUCUAUUUGAUGGAAGAUUUAAAAAAAAAAACUGGUGCUGUGGGAAUGAAGGUUAACAACAUGCAUGAAUUUGUGAAGAAAAAUGAAACAAUGCUGCUUUUGUUUGGUUAGGGGGUUUUUUUGUAACUUUUUUUUUUCAAAAAAUUUCUCAAUGUUAGAACAACUGCUAAAAGUAUUACGACGCAGAAACCAAAACAGAUGAAGUUUAAAGUGUGCGGACUCACGUUGUUGCUCAGCACUGAACAUUCCUGUUGUGUGACAAUGAAGAUGAUGAUGAUGAUGAUGAGCAAAGAGCAACUGACUCUCUCUCAACUCCCCAAAAACACUGGUUUUUAAGCCCCGUGACUCUCAAGGACCCAGAACUGUUUCACCACCUCCCCUAUCCUCCCAGCCUGAACGCCAACCAAGAGGCUCAUGUGGACGUAUUAUUCGCGCAGGGAAACAAACAAAACCCAACAGACCGGUGGAUUUUUACAGCAAAUGUCCGUCAAACCCACUGGAGAGAAGCAUCUCGUCUGUCUCUUUUGUCUGUCUGUCUGUCUGAUCGACCACCCUACCACGAUUGCACUCCCAGCGAUUGCAGUGAGAGAUUACCUUUUUGGUGAACCUCAUCUUUUUUUUAAGUGGCCUUACCUUUCACUAAAAAAAAUGAGACACUUGGGGACAACGGGGGUGGGAAACGUUUCUUUGGUUUUUCAAAAAAAAAAAAUUCUGUGCGUAUCGAUGUCGGACUUGUUGUCAUCAAAGGCGCCAUUUUUUUGUCACUGAGGACACUGGGCAUCUGUCGUUUAGUGCUUUUAGCUGGUGGAGUCUCUAUUAUGUCAAGGCUUCUGUGCCUUAAAAAUGUUGCCCUUGCAGUGUCAGUGUCAGAUUUAAAAGCUUGUUUUCGUCAGUUGAUGCACGCGGCUGCCGUAUUCGCAGCCGUCGUAGAUUUCUAGGGGUAAAGCUUGUUUGAGUGAAUCAAAUACUGUUCAAAAAGUAGGUGUUGUUCCUCAAAUAUUGUCUUUGUCCCAUUUCUUCAUUGUGUUGCCAUGCUUGUUGGUCUGUUUUUUGAAACCUCACGUCCCUCCUGAUCCCCUUCCCCACCAACAAGCAGCAAAAAGCUUCAAAUCUGUGUAACUUGUGUUAACUGAGGAAGUUUACGCCACAGUACUUAGCGAGAAACAGCCCUAAUUCAGAAUAAAAAAAGGUCCUCUGAGGAUCCCAGACUACAUGCACUUCCCGUUUCCUUGGGUACAACAUUUAUUAAAGGACAGUUAAACCCCUGCCCCUCCCAAAUUUUUUUAUUUAAUUUUCUUUUGUAUAUGUAUGAACUAUACUCUGUGUGUGCCUCACUUCUGUGUGAAACUCAAAAAGAUGAAACAAAACAAAAAAGAUGACAAAAGCAUUACAGAGAGGAUUAAAAAUCAGUAUGUUGGUGGAAUUCUGAUCACGUCAUUUAAGUUGCCUGUUCUUUCUUGUAGCCAACUAUUGAAAAUAACAGGAUUCAAGAAUACAAUUUACAAUGUUCUAGCUCUAGACCGGUGUAGCACAUGUGUGACUGUAUUAAUUUAUGAAACCAAAAUGGUAACUGUGAAUUAUGUAUUUCUUUGUGCAUUUUUUUUUUUAAAAAGCGGGGGAGAAGGUUUUGUCGGGACACGGCAGCAGCCGAUGCUCGUGUCUGGGGGAAAAAAAACUUUUUUUUUUUUUUUUUUUUGGUGGAAUAUAAUGGAAGCUAGACGAUGUUUCCAAAAAAGAAAAAAAAUGUCAAAAAACAAACAAAAAAGAAAACGAAAAAAUAUAUGAAUAUAUUUUUUUUCUUAAGCAAUACAUUUCAGUGUGACUUGUGAUAGAACAUUUUUCUUUUUUUUAGGUAAUAAAUAAAUAAAUAACAAAAUGAGUACAUCA